GUUUUAGGCGGUGCGGCGCCCACUCAACUACCGGCCACUGUCAACUGGACCGCACAGGGCUUAGUAACACCGGUUAAAUAUCAGGGACAAUGUGGCGACUGCUGGACAUUCUGCUCUACCGGUGCGAUUGAAGGUCAGCUGAUGAAAAACACGGGGCAAUUAGUCUCGCUGUCGGAGCAGAAUCUCAACGACUGUUCGCAAAAAUAUGGUAGUGAGGGCUGUAAUGGCGGCAAUCCUGAGGAGUCGUUUCAAUAUGUCAUCGAUAACAAUGGCAUCGAUACGGAGGCCUCCUAUCCCUUCCUGAUGGCCGAUGGCAAUCCCUGCAAUUAUAACCCUGCUAAUGUGGGCGCGCAGAUGACCGGUUUCGUGCAGAUACCAUCGGGCAAUGAGACGGCGCUCCAGUUGGCUGUGGCCGCCAUCGGGCCGAUCGCCUGCGGCUUCGACGCGAGCGGCGAUGUCUUUCAGUUCUAUAGCGAGGGCUACUAUAACAACCCUCAGUGUAGUAAUGUUAACCUGGACCACUGUAUGACCCUGGUCGGCUACGGCACUGAUGAGCAGGGUCGUGAUUAUUGGCUGCUUAAGAAUCAAUAUGGCACCGAUUGGGGUGUGCUCGGUUACAUGUUCCUGCCUCGCAACGCGAAUAACUAUUGCGGUAUUGUGACUGACUCGAGCUACCCGACCGGGGUCACCGCUUAG